UUUAGCACACGUAUAAUUUAAAUAUCUUUUGAGAUAUAGUUUACAUUUGUCAAAUGUUGUUACUGUUAAUUUAAUUGCAUACGGUUUUGAAGGUGUUGAAAAGAGAGAGAGUUGGUAAUAUGAAUGGGCAGGUGCAUGAAGUGCGUGGAAAAUUGAGACGUGCCUGUGUUAACGCUCAUGGUUUUUUAUGAUGUAAACUACACGAUCGCGUUCGAGGAAGAAGGCCCGAAAUCACGCUAGAGACCCAAGGAAGGAAAAAACGAGCACAAGUCGAAGAGGAAGAAAAUCAAGAACAAAUAAGAUUGGAUGAAAGAAGCAACGGGGAAGAUAAUAAAACGGCACGAGGAUGCAGCAGGAGGGCACCCCCAAGUUCCUCAAGUUCCACCAGGGCAGCGUCAGAGGCGUCGCUUUUAGUCCUAGGGACAGAUAUCUCUUUUGCUCCGGUGGGUACGACGGCAAGGUCAACCUCUACUCGGCCUCGCGAAUGGAGUUGCUCAUGUGUUAUCAGGUGACGCCGAUGACGCAGGCCAAGAACGUCAACGCCGUGCGCUUCACCUCCGACGGCUCCCGGGUACUAGCUGCCACGAACACCAGGCGUCUCGUGGUGGUGGACGUUGAACGAGGCGAGCAGCUCCUGGCGUACGACAAUUGCGCCUACGGUGGCAGGGACAGGACGGGCUUGGCGACUGAUCCCUCGGGGCCGAAUCUUGCCUGUGCCGUAGCUGCCAACGGCAAGGGCCUCACCCUCGUCGACCUGCGAAUGCCACUGCCCUUGGACUUUGUUUACGACUUGCACACGUCGACGAUUCGGGACAUAUGUUUCUUGCCGACCUCGUGGCCUUGGCAGAACUCGAUACUGACGGGCGGUACCGAUGGCACCUGCAAGAUUUCCUCGCCCGACGGUCGAGUACUCUACGCCUUUCAGACCGGCCACUCCGUCAACUCGGUCUGCAUCACUCCCGAGCCGUACUGCCGCAGCGCCGAGGAUGGGUUUUACAGUCUGAUCAUGAGCGGCGGAGAUUUGAUUUCUGCUUACGUACCUGACUCCGGCAUACAGGAGCUGCUGAAGGAGCACAAAAACUGUCCGGUCUGGAAGUUGCGCUACACCUCGAACGGCAGCACCUUGUACUCCGUGUGCGACGACGGCGUCCUGAGGAGGUAUCGGCGAUAUUCGGAUAGACACGAGUACCUCGGCGAGGUGUACCGGCACAAGAGCGACAUACAAGACUUGGAUAUUUCCCCUUACGAUGAAUAUAUUGUCACUGCCUCCAAAGAUCGAAGCGUCGGCGUGCUGUUGCUUGGCCCACCGAAUCACGGAUACACCGAGUACACCGAGCUCACCUGAUGGAAGGGUGUGAUUGAUUAUUCCGUCCCCAAUCAUUUUGCUCAACGCAAAGACAGCGGACAAAGUGUAUUGCGCGCAUACGUGUGUUAUGUACUCACGUUUACGCGAUAGUUCAGUCGGCACCUCUGUUAUAAACGUGGUGGCGCACAACAAAGACGUUAUUAUAUAUAUAUACACACAUUCUCACGAGAGAAUAGUUAUUUACAUUUUGUACAAAGUUUAACGUAUUGUUACUGUUAUCAUUUAUAGAGAGAUGUUUACGGAACGCGCAAUGAUGAGGAGAUAAAAAGUACACAAAGCUAAAGAAAAAUAUACUAGAGCACGAUGAUGGUUGCCUAUAAGAGUUGCGUGAUGUUGAUUUGUAACGUGAUUCACAUGAAAAAUGCAUAACUUUUCUUAUCAGUUCAAAUGAAGAUGUGUUAUUAACAAUGAACAAACUGUACAUGAAC